UAUAUAACUGCCUGGCGGAAAGCUGGCCCCGAAGCUUCCACCCCAGUGAGCAGACGAGGCGCACCGGUCCCCGGCCCCGGCGAGCGCCCGCCGCCGCCGCGUCCUGCCCACCUGCCCACCUGCCCAGGUGCGACCGCGCCCUCGCGCGCCCUCCUGGGCGUCGUGCAGGCAACCCCGUCGUUGUCAGGAGCAUCGCUGCAGACCCUGCCGCUCCAAAGCAGCGGGACACACAUCUCAUCCGCUGAGCUGAGAACAGCAACUUGUCCGUCUAUUGGGGAGAAUCUUCUCCCGCCUCUGAGAAGGAAAGAUGUCGUCGGAUGGGUGUUCCGCAGACAAGAAUUUCUGCUAUCUCAUUUCGUGUUUCAGGGCCCGAGUGAAAAUGUACAUCCAGGUAGAGCCAGUAUUGGACUACCUGACCUUUCUACCUGCAGAGGUGAAAGAGCAGAUUCAGAGGACGGCCGCCACCACUGGGAACAUGCAGGCAGCUGAUCUGCUUCUGGACACCUUGGAGAAGGGGGUCUGGCCCCUCGGCUGGGCUAGGAUGUUUGUGGACGCCCUCAGGCUAGCAGGCAACCCCUUAGCCGCCCGGUACGUGAACCCUGAUCUCACCGACUUGCCCUCUCCAUCCUUUGAGAAUGCUCACGAUGAGUGUCUCCAGUUGCUGAACCUCCUUCAGCCCACACUGGUGGACAAGCUUCUGGUUACAGAUGUCUUGGAUACAUGUGUGGAGGAGGAGCUGCUGACAGUUGAAGACAGAAAUCGGGUUUCUGCUGCAGAAAAUAAUGGAAAUGAAGCAGGGGUAAGAGAGCUACUGAAAAGGAUCGUGCAGAAAGAAAACUGGUUUUCUACGUUUCUGACUGUUCUGAGGCAAACAGGAAACGAUGCGCUUGCCCAGGAGUUAACAGGCACCGAUUACAAUGAAAGCAAUGAAGAGUCUGAGAAUUUAUCACCAGAAGAUGGUCCUGAAGUCAAAGAGCCCCUCCAUUUAGUCACAGAUCAGCCCAGUCUGGAGGUCUGGGACAGAGAGAAUAAUUCAUCGGAACCAUCUUUUGCAGAUUCUUCUGUAGCUUCAGAAUCAGACACAAGUUUGGCAGAAGGAAGUGUCAGCUGCUUAGAUGAAAGUCUUGGACAUAACAGCAACAUGGGCAGUGAUUCAGGCACCAUGGGAAGUGAUUCAGAUGAAGAGAAUGCGGUACAGAGAGCAUCCCCUGAGCCAGAAAUGCAUCUCAGGCCUUACCAACUGGAAGUGGCCCAGCCAGCCUUGGAGGGGAAGAAUAUCAUUAUAUGCCUCCCUACAGGGAGUGGGAAAACCAGAGUGGCCGCUUACAUUGCCAAGGAUCACUUGGACAAGAAGAAAAAAGCAUCUGAACUUGGAAAAGUUAUGGUCCUUGUCAAUAAGGUACCAUUAGUUGAACAGCUCUUCCGCAAAGAGUUCGAACCAUUUUUGAAGAAAUGGUAUCAUGUUACUAGAUUAAGUGGUGAUACCCAAUUGAAAAUAACAUUUCCAGAAGUUGUCAAGUCUCAUGAUGUUAUUAUCAGCACAGCUCAAAUCCUUGAAAACUCCCUUUUAAACUUAGAAGAAGGCGAAGAUGAUGGUGUACAGUUGUCAGACUUUUCUCUCAUCAUUAUUGAUGAAUGCCAUCACACCAACAAAGAAGCAGUCUAUAAUAACAUCAUGAGGCGUUAUUUGAACCAGAAGUUGAAAAACAAUAGACUUGAGAAAAAAAACAAACCGGUGAUUCCCUUACCUCAGAUACUGGGACUAACAGCGUCACCAGGUGUUGGAGGGGCCAAAAAGCAAGCCAAAGCUGAAGAACACAUUUUAAAAAUAUGUGCCAAUCUUGAUGCAUUUACCAUUAAAACCGUGAAAGAAAAUACUAAUCAACUUAAAGACCAAAUAAAGGAGCCAUGUAAAAAGUUCGUAAUCGCAGAUGACACCAAAGAAGAUCCAUUUAAAGAUAAACUUCUAGAAAUAAUGACAAAGAUUCAAACUUUUUGCCAAAUUAGUCCAAUGUCAGAUUUUGGAACUCAACCCUAUGAACAAUGGCUCAUUCAGAUGGAAAAAAAAGCUGCAAGAGAAGGAAAUCGCAAAGAUCGUGUUUGUGCAGAACAUCUGAGGAAGUACAAUGAGGCCCUACAAAUUAAUGAUACAAUCCGAAUGAUUGAUGCAUAUAAUCACCUUGAAACUUUCUACAAUGAUGAGAAAGAAAAGAAGUUUGCAGUCCUAGGAGAUGACAGUGAUGAUGAUGGUGAUGAUGAAGAUGCAGGUGAUGAAAAGAAACCUUUGAAGCUGGAUGAGUCAGAUGGAUUUCUCAUGACUUUAUUUUUGGAAAAUAAGAAAAUGUUGAAAAAGCUGGCUGUAAACCCAGAACAUGAAAAUGAAAAGCUGACCAAAUUGAGAAACACCAUAAUGGAACAAUAUACAAGGGCCGAGGAAUCCGCACGAGGAAUAAUUUUCACGAAAACGCGACAAAGUGCAUAUGCCCUUUCCCAGUGGAUUACUGAAAAUGAAAAAUUUGCAGAAGUAGGAGUCAAAGCCCACCAUCUGAUUGGAGCUGGACACAGCAGUGAGUUCAAGCCCAUGACACAGAAUGAACAAAAAGAAGUCAUUAGUAAAUUUCGCACGGGAAAAAUAAAUCUGCUUAUCGCUACCACAGUGGCAGAAGAAGGUCUGGAUAUUAAAGAAUGUAAUAUCGUUAUCCGUUACGGUCUCGUCACUAACGAAAUAGCCAUGGUCCAGGCCCGUGGGCGAGCCAGAGCUGACGAGAGCACCUACGUCCUGGUUGCCCAAAGAGGCUCAGGAGUUAUUGAACGUGAGGCAGUUAAUGAUUUCCGAGAGAAGAUGAUGUAUAAAGCUAUAGACCGUGUUCAGAAUAUGAAACCAGAGGAGUACACUCAUAAGAUUUUGGAACUACAGAUGCAAAGUAUAUUGGAAAAGAAAAUGAAAAUCAAGAGAAGUAUUGCAAAGCAGUUCAAGGACAACCCAUCAUUAAUAAGUUUUCUCUGUAAAAACUGUAGUGUGCUAGCCUGCUCUGGAGAAGAUAUCCAUGUAAUUGAAAAGAUGCACCAUGUCAAUAUGACACCAGAGUUCAAGAAACUGUACAUUGUGAGAGGAAACAAAGCACUGCAAACAAAGUUUGCUGACUAUCAAACAAAUGGAGAGAUAAUCUGCAAAGAAUGUGGCCAAGCUUGGGGAACGAUGAUGGUGCACAAAGGCCUAGAUUUGCCUUGUCUCAAAAUAAAGAAUUUUGUAGUGGUUUUCAAAAAUAAUUUACCAAAGAAGCAAUACAAAAAGUGGGUAGAAUUACCAAUGACAUUUCCUGAUCUUAACUAUUCAGAAUAUUGUUUGUUUAGUGAUGAAGAUUGACAUUUGAUUCAAGAUUCUUUUAAAAUAUUAUCAACUUGACAUUUAACAUGAUUUUGAUUAUUGUUUUCAUUAUACUACAGAACUGAUGUGAGAAUUAAUAAAAAUCAUUGCUUUACUCUGUGUUGAGCUGUAUGCAAGAAGACAAUGUAUUAUACUUUCAAUUUCUACCUUGUUAGUGGGCAGAGGUAAAGAAAAGCUACCAGUAAAACUCUUUAGUGUGGAGCAUUAUAGUACAGUGGAAAAAAUGCUCAGGUAUAAAUGAGGAUAUGAGGUACUAAUCUCAGUCCUAUCAGUAAUUUUCAGAAUAAAAUUAAG